AGACAGAUAUUUUAGAUAAAUGAAAUAUUCGGAGACACUUUACAGCGCUCUCAAAAUUCCAAAUUUCGAGCACAUAAUCAUUACCAUCGGGCAGAUGUACGCUGCACAGAUCUAGAGGAGCAUCGGUAUGGAGAACAGUGGGCUGUCUGUGCCAAUUGGGCGCAAGUCCAUGUCGUGUGCCAUGGAAAGCAUGAUGCUUGGCUGGCUACACGCCUGGCGUUCCCUCAACAGGGACUGUCUGCAGAUAACGACAACCGCGUGGAGAUUCAAGAAGUUGAUCUUUUUAGCUGCCAAGCAAAUCUAUUGCUAUGAGAUGAUAUUGCAGGAGCGAAAGAUUGUGAACGACAGCUUCAUCAAGUGCAUCACGACUGCCGAGGAGAUCUCCAGCAAGCGGACCGCAUGGCAAUCCAGGCUGGACAACGAGAACCAGAGAAUGCUCCGGCAAUUGAUUUGCCUGAAGGGGGAGCUAUCCGAAAGGCAGAAGGCCCUGGUCAAGACCAAGCUGGAAUUGCACUGUCUCCGUCAAAGGCUCCGCCAACAGGCGUCCAAGACAAGUCGCCUGGCGUCCAGGCUGGAGGAAAAUAAAUUGUUGACCGAAAAGCUGUUGAAACGCAACCUCAAGUUGAACGAGCGGACCACCGAAUUGUUGGAAGUGUACAGAACGCGUGCGCUUAUGUUUGUCUAUAAGCUAAUUGGCAUGGCGCAGGAGCUGCUCGUUACCAAAGCCAAGUCAAAGGCAUUUGCAGAUGCCAGCGCGCAUCUGAAGAGUAAAAACGAAAGGCUGCAAGUGCGCCAAAGAAUGCUUAUCAAUAAAUUGACUACGCCUGUCUCUCAAGACAAAGCCCAAACGGAUGCACAGAACGGCAAUCAUGGACUGCUCGACAUGGCCCUCCAUUAUAUGCGCUGCCUGUGGGAGUGCGUCUCGAGCCUGGGUCAGUGCCCAAAGCUGGAGGGACCGAAUCGCCGUUGUCAGUGGGCUCUUCUCUUAAUAUAAACAACGAGUAUUGUACAAUUCAACUUAAUUGUCGAAAUUAAUACUUUAAGAGCAAUUUUAA